GGCCGAAGCAAUAGAAAAAACUUGCUACGUCGUUACCUGUAGUGACUUCUCUUUAGAUCUUCAUUUCUCCUUUCGAGAUCACAAAUUCGCCUCAUAAACCUGAAACAUCAUAAAGUAUCUCCUAUAAUCUUCUCUUACAGUAAGUACUUCACAAGCUGUCUCCGAUUCUGAACAAUCUAUAUCCGGAUUCCCUCGAUUUGUUCCAUCGAUGGUGGUCUGCAAAUGCCGCAAGGCAACGAAGUUGUAUUGCUUUGUUCACAAAGUGCCAGUGUGUGGAGAAUGCAUAUGUUUCCCAGAGCACCAAAUCUGUGUGGUCCGAACUUAUUCUGAAUGGGUAAUAGAUGGGGAGUAUGACUGGCCUCCCAAAUGUUGCCUUUGCAUUUCUGUACUCGAAGAGGGGACAGAUGCUCAAACUACUCGGUUGGGUUGCUUGCAUGCUAUGCAUACAAGCUGCUUGGUUUCACACAUCAAAAGCUUCCCCCAGCACACUGCUCCAGCUGGAUAUGUUUGUCCUACCUGUAAUACUUCUAUAUGGCCACCAAAAAUGAUCAAGGAUUCUGGAUCCCUACUUCAUAAUAAGCUGAAAGAAGCAAUUGUACAGAGUGGUGUAGAAAAGAACUUAUUUGGAAAUCAUCCAGUUUCCCAAACUCCUCCAGCUUUUGCCUCUGAUCCUCUGGUUCAUGUAUCUACUACUGAUGGAAGCAGCAGCUCAUCAAUAAUAGCAAAUGGUGCGAACAUAACAAACUUUGUGCAAAAAGAUAAUAUUGUGGAGGUUGAUGAUCCUACUACUACGCUGAAGUCGCUUUUGUCAAGUUCUCCUCCUGGUGCAGGUGCCACGACAAGAAAGGGUGCAUUUCAAGUAGAGAGACAGAACUCUGAGAUUUCAUAUUAUGCGGAUGAUGAAGAUGCGAAUAGAAAGAAGUACAGUCGAAGAGGAGGGUCCCUCCACCUAAAGUUUCUUAGAGCAUUGGUACCAUUCUGGUCAAGUUCAUUACCCACUUUACCAGUAACAGCACCAACGACAAGAAAAGAUUCUGCAGAUGUCGCCACAUCAUCACGCGGCCAUCAAAGACCUUCAAGGAUGGAUCCAAGGAAGAUUCUCUUAUUCAUAGCUAUAAUGGCUUGCAUGGCUACUAUGGGUAUUCUGUAUUACAGAAUCUCGCAAAGUGAUCUAGGAGACGAACUGUUUGAUGAUGACCAGCAACAGCAGUAAUCAAUCUACUCGAUUUUGAAGCUGGAGGUAUUUGCUUCCUCCCUCACAAUGUGUGUCUUAAAGGGGAAUUGUUUAGGAUAAUGAAUUAUUCCAGUUUUAAAAGUCAUAAGUUUUUUGUUUUUUUUUUGUUGGUUUUUGUAAUAGAUUUUGCAUAUAUAUUGGAGCUGUGUGAAUUCAUCCAGAUGAAAUUUGUUGUGGGAGUUUUAUCUUAUUACUAUAUAAUAAAUCUUCUUUUCAUACAA